AUGCUCGCCCUAUCCUUGUUGCUCAGUGCCGCCGCGGGAGUCAACGCGAUUCUCGGUGGUGACGUCGCCGGCGUCAUGGUCACUGAAAGUUCAUACUUUUGCGCAGAACACUGCGCGUUUGGGGGUGUCUUUUUUGGCCAGCCGGGAUACUUUUGCCCCGAGAAAGAAGUCAUUGCCAGACUGGAUGACGAGGGCAAUCUCGACCCUCAGUUUCCCUUUGACUGCAUCGGAAUGAAGGAUCAAUACCACUUCAAGUACCGCCAGCGCUCCGGCGGAGAGGAGCCGGCAAAGUGCAAAAUUGAAAAAGCAACUGCCCCUGGCCGGGCGGACCAAUGCCUAGAGUUCAAGUCGACUAGCCCGGAUGCCAAGACUGUACCGUGGUCGGAUAUUGAGAAGCAGCUCAAAGCGGGCGCUGCUCCCGGCAAGUCGCAGCAGGAGUGCGCCAGGGAUGGCAUCAAAGUCUUUCAAAAGUGCCGAGCAGAGGCUGGCGAGUUUGCUGAGUGCGAUGAGAAAGCUACUGCAGCCAUCAAGAGCUGCCAGGGUCUGCAGUAA